AUGUAUGUAAAAAAGGAAAACAUCCGCACGUUUACUGUUGUGCUGUUCAGAACCCAAAGCAGACGCGGCGAUGAGGUGCGGAAGCGUUGCUUGUGCUUGGACUUCGUAAAUACGGGUUUAGAGCGUUCUCUGGCGUCUGUCCUUCUGGCAGAGCCGUCGUUCAGCGCAAGUCUGCUCCUGACCCCAUCAGCUGUUCAGAAGAUAAAACAACUUCUUAAAGAUAAACCUGAGCAUGUAGGUGUGAAAGUAGGUGUUCGUACAAGAGGAUGCAAUGGACUUUCAUACACGUUAGAAUAUACAAAAUCGAAAGGAGACUCUGAUGAAGAAGUAGUUCAAGACGGGGUUAGAGUGUUUAUUGAGAAGAAGGCACAGCUGACACUUCUAGGAACUGAAAUGGACUAUGUAGAAGACAAACUGUCCAGUGAAUUUGUCUUCAAUAAUCCAAACAUCAAAGGAACAUGUGGCUGUGGAGAAAGCUUUAACAUCUGAAAUCUCAGGACUACUUCUUUGACUCUGAACACCCCAAAACACUUACUAUUACGGCUUUUGGAAGCAAAUCCAUUUUCUUCAGGUUUGUAGGCUGCGAAAAGUGUGGAUACCAUGAAGAAAAAUAAAUCAUUUUGAAAAUGUAAACUGUGUGUUAAAUUCCACGACUGAUGUAGUUAUGCUGUAAUUUGUGAUGAGUUGGGAUCCAAAAGGUAAGAACAGUAAGUGCUGUAGUAACAUCUCUGUAAUUUCACAUGCCAAGGAAAUAAAAUCUCACUGUUCUUUUCCU